GACGUGGCAGUUUUACCUCCUCAUGCUUGGACCGUAGGCGCAUUAAAGCAGUUUAAUACGCACGGGGCACGGCUGGCAGCUGCUUGUUCGGAUCCUCGCCCGUGAUAUUUUCUCCGGUUUGAUCCAUUUUAAGCUAGAGUUGCUUUUUCUGAACUGCACGUCCUCAAUCAAUAUUGCAGAUUAUUGAAUUUCACCAAAGUGCGAUGAAGCUGAAUUUUAUUGCGCAGCGGGUUUUGAUGUCAAACGCAUAUCUCAUGCCGUUCUCAAGAGCCCGCAUGUUUUCAAGUUCAUCAAUGUCUGCAGUUAAGAGAUGGGAAGGCGGUGUUUCAAUGAUUCAAGGUGCCUCCAGAGGCAUUGGCCUUGAAUUUGUUAGACAACUGUUGGAGAAGAAUGACAAAGGCUAUGUUGUUGCAACGUGUCGAAAUCCUAAUGGGGCAACGGGACUUCUGGAGUUGAAGAAUAAGUUUGCUGAACGCCUUGAUAUUCAUCAGUUGGAUCUUACAAUUGAAAGCACUAUGGAGGAAACAGCGAAGUGUUUGAGAGAGAAAUAUGGUUAUCUGAAUCUUCUUGUUAAUGCAUCUGGCAUUCUUUCAAUACCAGAUGUUCUGAAGCCAGAAACAACGUUGAGCAAAGUAGAGAGAGCAUCCUUGCUUCUUGCUUAUGAGAUCAAUGCUGUUGGUCCUGUUUUGGUUGUCAAGCACAUGUGGCCCUUGCUCAAGGUUGAAGGUGGCUCUGGGAUGAAUAGAGAUUUUGCUAUCGUUGCCAACAUCAGUGCCAGGGUUGGAUCAAUUGGAGAUAAUCGUCUUGGAGGAUGGCACUCAUAUAGGGCAUCUAAGACUGCACUUAAUCAGCUGACCAAGACUAUCUCUGUGGAAUUUGCACGCAAGAAAGAUCCAAUUAUAUGCAUUUUAUUGCAUCCGGGCACGGUAGAUACUGAUUUAUCUAGACCAUUUCAGGGAAAUGUUCCAGAAGGCAAGCUCUUCACCAAAGAGUUUUCCGUCCAGAAGCUGUUAAGCAUCAUUAACAAUGCUAAGGGAUCAGACAAUGGCAAGUUUUUUGCCUGGGAUGGUCAAGAAAUUCCGUGGUGAUUUUAUCUAUAUUUUGAACACAUCAGUGUAAAUCAAUAUCUUGUGAAGAUCUGUAUCUUUCUAUAAAGGAUCAUCUCUUGCCGGGAAUUCUUUAAAAGAAGAUCUGCCGAUCAUCUUGAAGUGUCCUCAUUUUUUUCUGAGAAUUUUCAUGUCAUUGUUCUGGGUUAUAUAUAUAUAUUUUUUUAUCAUGGCACGUUCUUGUAAGAAAAUAACUAUGAUAAUACAUGAGAAAAUAGUCGAAUCCACUUAUUUUGGUUAA